UUACUCUACGUCCGGUUAGAUAACAGUGUUUUUUACACAAAGUGUACAAUUUCAUAACUGUGACGAAUUAGGAAUUUAUUCGGGCAACAUUGAUUGUCAAAAUCAAUAUCCCGUGAAAAAAAAACAAGUGUCAAACGUCAGUGUCGGGAAAUUACGUGCUGAGGAAAAAUCCGGUGUUUUCUUCAAUUUUAAUGUCUUUCUCUAUCAAAAACCUAUUGAUACAAGCGAGGAAUAGCUACAAGAGGUUCGUCGAAAUGAACAAAAACAGUUACUGGAAACUGCAAAUGUGUGGGACUGAGGAGGAGAUGCGGGAAGUCGCAGCCAGGAUCUGCAGGAACUACCUCCAUGGAGCCUGGAAGAGUGUGGACGCAGCUCAGCUGGACUUCAGACGGAUCAGCGGAGGCCUAUCCAACUUCCUCUACUACGUGGCUCUCCCAGAAGACACCUCGAUGCUUAAGUUUACCCAAAGAGAGAGCUCUCCCGAAGAUGAGAACCCUGACUCCGUGACGUCACUGUCCAGAGGCAUCAUCAAAAAGGGCAUGAAUAGGUGCAACUCGUUCGUCAUUGAGGAACCUAAGAAGGUUCUCCUCAGGAUAUACGGCCAAGUCCACGGGGAAAGAGCAAUGGACGCCAUCGUGACGGAGUCUGUUAUAUUCACCCUGCUAUCGGAGAGGCGACUGGGCCCGAAGCUGCAUGGGGUUUUCUCUGGAGGAAGGAUCGAGGAGUAUAUACCGGCGCGCGCCCUCCUCACAAAAGAGCUAGCGGAACCGUCCCUCUCAAUGAAGAUCGCGGAAAAAAUGGCCGCCAUUCACUCUAUGGACGUGCCGUUGUCCAAGGAGCCCAACUGGCUGUGGAAGACCAUGGCCAAGUGGCUCAAGACCGUCCGCGACGAGCGGCUGUCGAGCACCGCCAACACGCAGAAGCAGAACGAAGAAGAACAACGGAUAAUAAAGCGGCUGAGAGGCAUCGACUUCGAGAAAGAAAUCGAAUGGGUGAAGAAGUUCAUAGCGACGGUCGAAUCGCCAGUCGUCUUCUGCCACAACGACCUGCAAGAAGGAAACAUCCUGCUUCUAGAAGACGUAAUAACCGUCUCGGACGACGAAGUAUCAUCCGUAUACGUCCAAACAUACGACACGGACGCGCCGAAAUCCGACAAAGAGAACAACCAUACUCACUCCGACACCGACUUACGCUUGACCGAAAACAUAGGCUCGGCCGAAAACAUACGCUCGGCCGAAAAACUCCGCUCGGCCGAAAAACGCUCGCAUGACAGCAUAAGAACGGACAAACGUAUCAGUGCGGUCGAACCGUUGUCUACGUAUGAAGACGCGAAUACAUCUGAUAGCAUUUUGAGCCAUAUUUCAGACUCAGGAGAGCCCAGAUUGGUGCUGAUCGAUUUUGAGUACUGCGCAUAUAAUUACAGAGGGUUCGAUGUAGCGAACCACUUCCAAGAGUGGGGGUAUGAUUAUACAAACCCAGAGCAUCCGUUUUACUUUGAAAAUCAGGAGAACUGCCCGACGCUAGAACAAAAGGAAAUAUUCAUCAAGGAAUAUCUGAAGCACUACCACAUGAACAUUUCUGAAGAUAAAGAGCCGCCUGCAGCUACCAUAGACGAGAUAAACCAUCUGCUCAACGAAGUCGAUGCCUUCGCGCUGGCCAGCCACCUGUUCUGGUGUCUAUGGUCUGUGGUCAACGCUUCGAAGAGUCAGAUACCUUUUGGAUAUUGGGAAUACGCGCUCUCCAGGCUAGAGACAUACCUCCGCCUAAAGCAAGAGGUCGUGAAGAAGGACAAGUUCGGUUUCCCUCAGAAGAGGAAAAUAUGCGAAGUGGACAUAUGAGAGGGAUUCGCCGCGCUAACUGUAAGCCAUCCCGCUCUGUCGCAGAACGAGUGAGCGAGACAAGUGCAUGCUUAGUUGAGCGGCCGAAGGAUUUGUAGCGUUGAAUUUAGAAUGUUUAGUAUUUUUGACGCAGUCAAUUAAUUAAGUGUUGAUUACAAGUAUUAAAUUGCAGGCUGAUUUGCUUUUAAAUAGUUUAGGGUGUCAGUGUUGUAGCCUAUUUUAUACCCUACCGCUUUGGGUUAAGGUCGAAUUCACUUGCCCGUAAAAUGGUUUAGUUACUUUCACGCUACAAACGCUUCUGCUAUACUAAAGCUAAGGCUGCUAAAGACUGACAUUUAUCACAAAUGCAUAAAAUUAUAUAUUUAAGUUGUUAUAUUGGCUGUUACUAUUGUUAUACAUUUGUUGUGUAACGAUCCUAUAUUUAAACAUACAUUCCUCUCAUAUUUUGUUACCUAUUUAUAUUGUUUUAUUCACACAUAUUUAUUUCAUUACCUUUAUUUAUUAAACUUCAUUAUUAUAUGAGUCAAACUGAUAUAAAUAUACAUAUUAUAUGUAUACAAUAUAAUUCAGAUAUGCAUUUUUGAUAUUUGUUGCGUUAAAAUACAAUCUCAGCUCAAAAAAUACCAAAAUAUAAUUAUGUCCUCAUUAUAAUUGUAAAUAAUAUCUUCUCAAUCGUAAAAUGGAGUGUUGAACAUUAUUUAUAUGUAGAAAAAUAGGUAUGAAGUGAUACGAAAAACUUAUAAAAAUAUGUGACCUUUUUACACUUUUUAUUGAUGACAAAUUUGAUUAUUGAAUAAUAUAAUUGAUUAUGUGAAUAUCUUUCCAAAGAAAAUCCUUUCGCAAUCUACAAUCAUGGAACUUGUAACUUAAAAACCACAUUUUAUAUAAUUAUUGUGUGGUUUUGUACUUAAUAUAUUAAAAUAAUAUGUACUUCAAAACAUUACUUUAAAACUUUAGUUUGAAAAUUCUCAACUUAAUGGUAUUUUUAUACCUCCAUUAUUAAUAAUAAAAUAUUGUAAAUUGAACUAAAAUUAAGAGAUUUUUAUUUCUGGCAACAAAAGAUAUCAAGUGGCUAAAAUGGCCGAUUUUAAAAUGUUAACAAAUACUGAAUACGUCUUCGAUAAGUGUACAACUUAAAAUAUAUACAACUUUAGGAUUACUGACGGUAUAUAUUAACUUCAAUCGAUAAUAUCAACAUGAAAUAUCCAGUUUUACCAACAUUUAAGGGGCUGCAUCCUACAAAGUUAUCUAGUUUCAUAUGUAUUCAUCUCUCUCACGCACAGCGAGAUGUCAGCUGGAGUGACAGUGACAGAAAGAGAGUAGUCCCACAGAUAUCUUGUUGUUAUCAAUCGAAGUCUUAACCCUUAAUAUAGGGAACGAUGUGAUCUGUAGAUAUAAGUUAGGGUAAAUGAUUUAAAGAAACUCUGAAAUUGCUGUCUUUAUAAUAAAACUUACUAUAAAUUCUAUUUGCUCGAGGCCUGUAAGAUGGUAGAAUAAAAAAAAUGUACAUAAUAAAAAAUGACAUUCCUAAAAAUAUGCACACUUCAAUUUAUAUUUUGCUUUGUAGUCUAUAGUUAUAUUUUAUAAACGUAUAUUGUAAUUUAUUUAUAUAAAUAAUUUAAAGUAUACAUAAAUAAUAUAAUUUAUAUAAAUAAAAUAAUUAUAUACAAGUUAUAAACAUAUAAUAGUAGUUUACAAGGCAAAAAAUCUCACGCAUAUCUAAAAAAUAUGGCACUGAUAUUAUUAUUUCUUUUUGCUACUGUAAAAAAUGCAAGGUAAGGAAAUGAGUGCCUUUGGCGUAGAUAUUGAAUAAAGUGCGUGAAUGAAUAAAUUGUACCGAUUGAAUUUUAAACCACAAAAGUUUAAGACAGAAUAUACAUGAAUCAUCAAACCUUAACGAAUAAUAAUUAUUUACGUUUACUGAAUGUAUGCUGUUUUUAUACAUUAUAUCAUUGAUUUAUAUGAGUCUAUGAGUCUAUAUUUUCUCUUCUUUGUAUUAUAUCAAGAAUCCUCUCAACUAAGAAGUACUGUUGCGUCAUCAAGCGUUUUUAUACAAAACUACCAAAUAUAAAACUUACAGUAAAACAAAUAUAAAUCAAUGGUAUAAAUGUACCUAUUUAGCUCGAAUAUUAUCUUCGGUGCAUUGAAAUACAUUCCUAUAAUGUAUAAUGAAAGUGUAUGAUGCAUUUAAACGGUUGCCAAGUCAGGAUAUACGUUUAUUCAAUACCGAAUCUUAUAAUUUAAGAAAUAAAACUGAAAAUAGUGUGUGUAGUGUAGAUGGAUGUUUUUUGCAGUUUUGGACUUCUUGAUAUAAAUUUGUUGAUACAUUACUCUUAAUUAAUUAAUCUGCAAUUCGUAAAAAUAUAUAAUUUUGUAUAAUUCAUUAUACAUUUUUGUAAAUUACUGUGUAUUUUGUAUUUACAGUACUUAUAAACGUAAAUCUCUAGAAUUAUACAAAAAUAUAUAAUUUACUAAUUGCUUUUUAGUUUACAUCACUUAGAUUAUGUGAUUUUGUAUACUUACAGUAUAUUUGUAAAAUGUAAUACUUACAUAAUUAUACAGUACAGAAAAGAGCACAAAUAUAAGUGUAUAUUGCAGAAAAUAUAAUAUACAUUGAUAAUGUAUCAAUAUUCUGUAACAUAAUAUUUAUUAUACCAUUAAUUUUCCAGCAAAAAAUCCAGUGAUUUUGUAUGCUAGGACAAGAUUCAAAAAAUAUUAAAGGUUUAGUUUGUAUCUUCACUAUUUCUUUUUAAUUCUGUGUACCAAAACAUUGUAUAAAUAUUUAUACAUGUUAUAUUUUCUGUAAUAUACAAGCUCAUAGUAAACUUAAGGAAUAUAAGCAGUUGUACAAAUAUAAAAAUCGACUGUUAUAUCGUACUUAUUUCUAGUUGUGUUGUGAUACAAAAUAAUUUGAUGUAUAUUAUUAUUAAUAUUUAAAUUAACGAAUGUUCGUUUGUACUCGUAGAUAGUGAUUCAGAAAUUAUUUAAAUAAAAUUGUUUAAAAUA